ACGGCGAUGUGUCCAUACCUAAGCAUGUCAUGACAACACAUGAACCUUCAUUCCAUACAACCAAGGACAAACAGAACAGCUUGGUCUAUAAGAAUGAACCGGACACUGCAGCUACCACUGAGCACAAUGAGUCAGAUGUGGCUGGGAUAGCAAAAGUGGCGCAAUUGGGCCACGCAACAAUGCGCAAUGUCACGACUGAUGCAGUGACAAGUGUUAGUUGCCUGGAAUACAUGGAGCGAAAAGUAGGUAGGACCGACCAACUCAACUCGAUCGUCAAAGAUAAAAAACGUGACACAAACUCUGUGACACAUGUGGACAAAGACGCAGCAGGUGUCAGUGAUGUUACCAAGCACUUUGCUACACAGACAACAGCAACAAUAUCCGCAAGUGAGAGCGACGACGAAGACAGGGCUAGUGUUGCACUUGAGAACAGUGACAGCAGUGAGCAAGGUAUUCUGAAGCAGCCAAAUAAACUGAAACAGCUCAAGACCACAACUUUGCCGGAGGAUGUUGUGCAAGAUAAACACAUAACUGGCCACUUGGAAGAAAGCUGCAGUGACUUUACAAGUCACAUUAUUGAAGGAGCCGCCACUGACCAGUUGAAGUUGCAGGAAUGUGAUAAAAGUGAAGUGGAGAACAAACAAAAAGACAAAAAGAUCAGACAGCUCAACGAAAGUGACACUCCGGUAAUGCAAGCACACGACGCAGCCACACCAGAAAAGCCAGUGACGACUACAUCAGAAAACGAUAACUGUGAGGUGACUGGAUUUGACAAGGUACAGAAAGCAAGGAAAUCAUCAGGGGAACCCAAUGUCAGAAAGCCAGAGAAUGAAAGCGCAAGCACAAGUUACGACAGAUGCAAAGUUGUUUCAAAGUCAUCACUACCCAGAGCAACAGAAAAUAUACAACCUGAAAAGUCAGAUCACACAAACGCCAAGAACAAGAAGCAAGAACCCGAGUUGAACUCUCAUGAUGCACCCACAGGGCGCAAACAAUGCAGACGUGCCGAAGGCAGAGACGUCAAGACAAAGCUGUCACUCAGUUACCUAAUUGAAAAGAUGGCUAAAAACUAUUCUGAAUACCCAGCAGAUGACAGCAAUAAGGGUGAAAAAUUAGAGAGCAAGCAAGAACCUUUUUCAGUUCUGCAAUAUGCCACAAUGCCAGCAGCAAACAAAAGUGAUGCCGAAAGUGAGAAUGAUGUUCAGAAGAAUAUUGCAGUGGUCUCCUGUGCUGAAAAAGGGCACAAGAUAUGGAAGAAGGCCCUCGAUGAUGAAUGGGGUCCUGAUGCUGGUGAUAAAAGUGACAAACUGGACGAUAGGCAAAGACCUACCUCACUUUCACAAAAUGCCGCAGUGUUAGUAAUGUCAAACAAAAGUGACGCUUCAGCUGUCACUGGACUUCAUGAAGGGCACAAGACCUGCAAGGAGCCGCUCACUGACAAAACCCUUGCAGAUGUCGGAAACAAGAGUAACAUAAAAGGGGACAACAGGCAAAGACCUGCUUCGGUCUGGCAACAUACAACAGCAAGCAAAUUGGGCAAAAAGAGUACAACUGAUGAGAAUGAUGUUCAGAAGGAUGUCACAGUGGUCUGUACUGAUGACAAAGGACACAAGGUAUGCAAAACGCCACAGACUGACAAAUGCCAUGCGGACACUGGCAGCACUGACAAACCGAACAGGCAAAGACCUGCUUCACUUAAUAAAGGUGUUGACAAAAGCGAGAACAAUGUUCACAGAAAUGCUGCAGUUGUCUCUCGACCUCACAAAAUGUGCAAAAAGCCAUUCACUGACAAAUGCCCUAUAGACGUUGACAACAAGAGCAAAAAACUGAAGAAUGGGCAGACUGCUUCGAUCUCACAACAUACGACAAUGUCAACACCAAAACCAGCUGAUGACAAAAGAGGAAACAAUGUUCAGGAGAAUGCCAAAACAGCUGUUGAAGCUCACAAAGGCUGCAACAUACAUAAAGAGCCACCACAGCAGUCUUUAGACAUUGAUAAGAAGGACAGUAACAUAACAGAAGCGGUGACCAAAAGCAUUAUUGAAAAAGAUGACAUAGGAAAUGCAGCCACAGCAUGUGAAAAGCGAAAAGAACAAAAGAAAAUACAUGAAAAACGACAAGUGAGGCAAAGUGACGGCAAGAAUAAAUCUGGACAAGCCAUGGCAAGUGAAAGGUGCAUGGUAAGCACUAGCAAUACUAGGAUGGACUUUGCGCCUCACUCCGCAGCACGUAAAAAGAGCAUCGAAACAGCAGGAAAGGAUGAAAUGGGCUGCAGUAUGAUGAUAGGACCAGCAGCUGACAUUGUUCACACGCGCACACGCACAAAAAAGGAUGCUAAGGGCAGUGAGACACCAGGCCAAGCGGCCAUUGCAUACCCCACACAACAUAUCAGUAAGGAUGCAGUUGCCAGUCCAGCAGGGCUUGAAGAGUUAAAAAACACUGGCAAAGUACUGCAAGAGGACACAACAGGCAGUGACACUAACACCAAGAUGAUGGUGAGCAAAAGUUUUGCUGAAGGUAGCAAGAAGGCUACAACCGCUACUGCGGAAAGUCAAUGGGAAAGGAAACUACGGGGAAGGACUGUCACAGGUUGUCCAACGACCAGGGUGAAAGUCUCAGCUGCAAAGGCCACACAAGAGGCAGCAGCUACAAAAUGCUACGAUAACACUGAGGCCAUUUCUGACAAAGAAAAUAGCAAGCAUCCCUGCAGUCCUCCCAGAGAAUAUGCCGCACAUACGAAGUUGGGAGACAAUGCACUGUCUAAAGAUUGUUUCAAAACUCCGAAGUCUGUAAAAUCAGUUGAACUGAUAUGCCCACAAACACCACUGAAGUGCAGAAGUCUCAGGCAAAAGAAUCUGAGAACGCCAGUCCUUGGAAAUGGUGACGCCCUUUUAGAUGAGCAACAGAGUGAUCCAGAAACUCCACUAGGCUUUAAAGCCAAGUGCACAAAACAACUUGCAAAAAGGCCACUGGGAGUGAAAAAAGAGUUCAGAGCCAGGUACAAAAUAUGUACAGUGAACAUAACCAACAAGUUCAAGGAAAGAGCGAGGCAUGGAUGGAGAUUGAGACUGAAAAUGAAGAAGGACAACAGAAUGAUCCGAGAAGUGUGAAAUGGCAGGAACUCACUCGGAGUUCCAAACCCAGUCCCAAACAACCUGCAACAUCUACUUGCAUCCAUGAUAACGUUGUGCUGGACAAAUGUCAACAACCCGCAGUAAACAUCUUCAGUCAAGACAAAGGCAGCAGUGUGAAUAUAGUGCAACUUUCGCAGUCUAUGAAAGGAGAUGCCACGAAUGAUAAGCACCAGCAAAGUGACACUAACGGAGACAUUGAGAUGACUCAGACAAGAAGCUCAGGACGACCUUUGUGGAUUGACCCAGUACCCCACCCAACAUUCAGAAACACAUAAGGCAGUUCAGAAUCUGUCCCCAACCUUACAUAUGCAAGAGGGCAGCGGAAGUGAAAUGGAACUAGAGGAGGAUGAAGAUGCACAUUGCUUCACACAAACGUUGAGUCGGAUGCAAGCCUGCAGUCUUUACUCGCAAAAUGAAGCCAGAGCACCCACCACUGCAACCACUGCAACAGGAGGUGUUCUUGGAAGAGAACUAAAUGUUGCAUCAGCUCCAAAAGGUGGGAGACAAACAGCAAAAAGAUCUUAUCAGGGGCUAAGUGAAAAUGAAGAACAGAUAAGAAAACACAAGGUGCCAAAUGAAGAAAAUGACCCAAGAAACAUAGUAGACAAUUUGGAUGUAGAACUUGAAGCCGGUGAUGACGAAGAUGGAUCUUCCGUUUUAUUCAACCUUGAUGAUGACGACGAGGCAGCUGCAUCUGAUGGAUCGCACAGCUUUUUCAAAAUGAAGCUCACUGCAACUCCGCUUAACUUUCUGAAAAGCCCUGCGUACAGAAAUGAUUCAGAGUCUGAAGAAGAACUGUUCCCAUGGCUCGCAGACAAUCUUGAGCCCGAGACAAACAAGAGAAAAUGCGAACCGUCAUCUCGGGACAGCCUUCGUGAAAGUGGCACUAACAGACCACAUGUUAAGCGGCUGCGUUUUCAGCUGGACGAUUCUGGGAGACCUGCCAAGAGAGAGAGAGUCAGUACAGCUACCUCAUUCACUACCAAGAUGUAUGGGAAACGACAGCACACUUUUCCCAUCCAUUCCUAUGCACAAAAACACGACGAUACCGACCACUCAUCGGUGCAUGGUAAUCUCCCGCCACUCCUGUCUCGUCGAGAAGCAGAGUUCUUCGCAUCUGACGAUGAUGAAGACCUUGGUCAUGUUGCUGAUGGCAACUAUGAAGUUUGAAAGCAUUAACAGCUGGGUUCUCCAAGAAUUUACCUUUGUUGUGCCAAAGUUGACACAGAGUUUGUUGCAGUGUUCUCAAGAGUGAAGAACAAGAAGCUAUAAAUUUAACGCAUAUAUAAAAACCAGUGGGGCUAUCGCUCCUUUAUUGUCAGAGUCUUCUUCGGGUAAAGUUUGAGUUGUUCCAGAGUCUGUUUUGGGUUUACGGUUGCAAGCUGUAAAGUGAAAUAAAGUUCCGUUAAUGUUUCAGCCAA